AAUUGUUUACGCCUUCGAAUUCGGUUUACGUACUCCUUCCCCCUGUUCCCCAAUAUCUCCGGCAUGCGGUGCCUCUUCGCGCUCCCGGCGGUCGCCGUCUCCGGCCGCCGCUCCCAUCCUAAGCCUAGACCCCACCGCACAGGAAAACUUGUAGCUCUACUCGGACGCUGCCGAUGUGGCCGGCGCCACCUCCUCGGUGCAUCCUCUGCCGCCGGCCUCCUCCAUCUCGCCAAUCAUUCGUGCCUUGCCGCCCCACCCAUCGACCCCGACGUGAUGCUUGAGCGGGUGCACCCAGCGAGGCCGGGCUGGUACGAGAAGCUUUACGCGACGGCAUUAGACAAAGGCAUGGCAUCAUAUGAAGCCGAGAUUGCGGAGUAUAAACUGAACCUCUUUUCGCAAUUGUCUGCUGAGGGGAAGAACAUUCUAGAGCUUGGUGUUGGAACGGGCCCCAACUUAAAGUACUACGCAAGUGCUGAUGGGGUAAGAGUAAUUGGGGUGGAUCCUAACAGGUACAUGGAGGAUUAUUCUAGAGCAGCAGCAAUUUCCACAGGACUUCCAUCAUCAAACUUCACUUUCAGAAGAGGGGUUGGCGAAGCUUUGCCAGCGGAGGACAAUUCAAUGGAUGCAGUUAUUGGCACACUAGUGAUGUGUUCAGUGAAGGACACAAAUAUGGCACUGAGAGAAAUAAAGAGAGUCCUAAAGCCAGGUGGUCUCUACCUAUUCAUUGAGCAUGUUGCCGCACCAGAUGGUUCCUUCCUCCAGUUCGUGCAAAGUGCCCUUGAUCCUGUUCAGCAGUUUGUCGCUGAUGGGUGCCACCUCACAAGGAAAACAGCUGAAAAUAUUGAGGAAGCUGGGUUCUCAAGCUUGAGCCUGCAUGCGGUGCGCCUGUCAUCUGCAUAUAUCAUUAGCCCGCAUGUUUAUGGUGUAGCCUGUAAAUGACAUCUUCAGUUAUUUUUUUAUUUGAGGAAUUUCCCCCUCUUGUACAGUGACCCCAUAUGGUUUAUUUUGAAAGAACUUACGAUGGUUGCAGGCGC